AUUUAAAUCUUUUUAUUAUGGGCAAGAAUUACAGAAAUAGAUCAAAGACCUCAGCUACACCAAGAAAGCCUUUCGAAAAGGAACGUCUUGACAAUGAGUAAUUUUAAUAAUCAUUCAAUUUUAGAUUGCAAAUUAUUGGUAAGUAUGGAUUAAAGAACAAAAGAGAGGUGUGGAGAGUCUAACUCACUUUGGCUAGAAUUAGAAAGGCUGCAAGAGAAUUGUUGACUCUUGACCCAAAGGAUCCAAGAAGAUUAUUUGAAGGAGAAGCAUUAAUCAGAAGAAUGGUUAGAUUUGGUUUGUUGUCUGAAUAAGAGAGAAAGUUGGAUUAUGUCCUUGGUUUGACAACUUAAAAAAUGAUGGAAAGAAGACUUUAAACCUUUGUGUUCAAAAGCAAUCAAGCAUCAUCAAUUCAUCAUGCCAGAACUUUGAUUAGAUAGCGACACUUUAGGUACUNUCGUUUUAUUCUCCAUAUUUAAUUUCUAAUCAUUUACAUAAAGUGA